AUGUUGAUUCGAACGUUGGUUUCUGUUCUUUUGAAUUUUUUAAUAAUAGUCGCAUCCGAAGAGAGUAAAGAUAGCCCUAAGGACAUAAUCUACUCAAUUUCGAUUCGAGCCCUGUCAGAUCUCCGGGAGAUUGAGAAUUCAUAUAUGGAGCAUUUGACCAACUUUGCUAGCUCUCUGCAACAUAAAGUAGAAGUACUCAAAGUGUUUAUUGAUUCCGUAUCGUAUGAAUCUUUUGGGGGAAAAGGGGAUCGAAUUCGUUAUGUGUCCAAUCCCCUAAAUUUCUUUCGACUUGUGAGGCGAACUCAUGAAGAUUGGCCAAAGUUGAUUACUUUCAUUAGAGAUCAAAAAAGCGUUAAUGUUCACAUUGAGGAAAUGCAUAAACUUGUGAAUCGUACCCCAAACUCAGAGGACAUGCAAGAGGCCUUGUUGGGAAUGGCUAGGAUAGAACAUUUCUAUGACCUCAAGUCUUCGGAUAUGGCCAAUGGUCUUGUGGCAGACCAACAACUUCAAACCCAAAUGUCAUCACCCGAUUGUCUGGUUUUAGCAGACUACCUGUACAGUCAAUCGGAAUUUAGGCGGGCUGCCCAGUGGUACCGACUAGCUUUAAAUGCUUUAUCGGAGCCCCAGAAUAAUAUUUUUCGUCAAUUCCACGUUCCACAAAGAGAAAAGCUCAGAAAAAUGUUUAUUAUGAGUCGGCUUCAAGAAGGUUCCGUCGACCACUUAAGUGAAUAUAUGAAAGAACUAUCCCAAGACCCUGGGCUUCCUCUGGUCCAUUUAAAGGCAAAGCCAACUGCCACGGCCGUGGAACGUGGAUGCAGAGGGAAGUUUCCACCAGGUCCUCAGUUGGUGUGUCGCUACAAUAGCACUUCAACUCCGUUUAUGCGAUAUGCCCCCCUCAAGGAGGAGGAGAUCAGCCGGAACCCGCUUAUCUGGCUAUACCACGACGUGAUUUAUGACAGCGAGAUCGCUCAACUAAAGAACUUGACCCGGAAUGAGAUGAUCCAGGGUAUUACUGAUAACUAUACAACUCCGGGCACAGCAAGUCGCCUUUUUCACCUCAAAGCCACCGACGACGAUGACGGAAAGUUGGACAAAGCGUUGGUAAAUCGUAUGGCGGAUAUAUCGGGUCUGGAUGUCGGUAACACCACAUCAUUGGCUAGAAUCAAUUACGGCCUUGGCGGCUAUUUUCCAGAGCACAGUGACUACACGGACCUCAAGCUGCAUCCGGAACUGAUCGAGGAGGGGGAUCGAUUAAUAACGUUUUUGUUCUAUAUGACCGAUGUCCCAGUUGGUGGUGCCACCAUUUUCCCCGAAGCCGAAAUUGCCAUCCAGCCAAAGAAGGGAUCUGCACUUUUCUGGUACAAUCUCCACAAUAAUUGCGAACCGAACCCGUUGACCAGACACGCCGUUUGCCCCAUGACUGUGGGCAGCCGAUGGGUUUUAGUUAAGAGCAUGCUGAACUAUGACCAUAUGUUUAGGAAACCUUGCUACAAGUAAACACCACAAAAACACAUGAAUUAAAACCUUUCCGAUUUUAAAGCUA